GAAUGACAAUGACGUUACGAAGAAGAAAAGGACGCUGCAGUUAUUCUCAAUGUCCGUUUGCUUCAAGUCCUUAUGAAGUGAACAGUCAAAAUUUAGUUUUAAUCUGUUUCGUUUAAUUAUUGGUAUUUCAUAUUUACUACUGCAAAAGGGAAAACAACACAAAGAUGGGGGAGGUGGAGUUGUCCUGCCUGGCUUAUGCCAAAAUGUACCUACAUGCCAGUCAGUUUCCACGCUGCAGUGUGAAUGGCCUGCUGUUGUCCUCCAGUUCAGCAGGGGGAGCUCUAUGUAUCACAGACUGUGUGCCGCUGCUCCACUCACACUUGUCUUUGGCUCCAAUCACUCAACUUGCUCUUACACAGGUCGAUGUUUGGUGUGCACAAACACAGCAAAGGAUUGUGGGAUAUUAUCAGGCCAAUGCUUGUGUGUCAGACAGCAGCCCCACACCCUGUGCGUUGAAGAUUGCAGAGAAGAUCUUUGAGCAGUGUAACAAUGCCGUGUUACUUAUGAUUGAUGGAGAAAAGAUGUUUCCAGGCUGCCGUGUUCCUCCAAUUGUGAUGUAUGAGCGGAAAGACGCCCGCUGGGCACUCAAAGACAAACACACAAUAAUGCUUCGGCAGUGGGAAGAAACCUGUUCCAUAGUUAAUCAGCUGUUCAGCUCUGGUGAUCAGGCACUGUUGGUGGAUUUUGACAGCCAUUUGGAUGACAUCACAAAAGAUUGGACCAAUCAGAAACUCAAUGCCAAGAUCAUGGAGCUGGUCUCCCCAGCCAAUGGAAAUGUUUAACUUUACAGACUAAAUCAGCUCAUGUUAUAGGUUUUUUUUCCCCCUCUGUUGCCUCAAAAUUCUGUUUUUCUGUGUAUUGUGCUUCAUUUUGCCAUAUUCAUGUGAUAUAAAUGACGGUCCAAAAUAUGCAGAAACAUCAUUUUCUUUUGUUCAUUAUGGUUUGGUGUAUUGACCCUAAAAAUAAACACACACUAACAUUGAGGUGGACUCAUUAUACAACCAGCAUACUUCCUUACUUUCAUCAUUUAAUAAGCUUUUUUUUUUUUUUUUUUUAAAGAUUUAUCUAAACAAGUAAUUCUGUAAUAAAACUAAAAUGUUCUUCAUGUGUUUUCAUUUUUACACAUCCAGACUAAACCUGAAAAAAAAAAUAAGAAAUGAGAAAUGUAGAAUAGUCUAUAUAUUCAGAUUUAACUAAAUGAAGGUGAUUGUAUUAAUGACUGACGACAUAAAUCAAGUCUCUUUAGAUGGGCAGGUGGUUCCUUACAGAAAACUGAGAGCAAAUCAAAACGCUCAGAGCAGCAUGAGUGUGUGAUUUCUUUGAAAUGUGUCAUAUAAUAUGAGAAUCUUCUGGUGUGUUUGGAGCUUUUAUUUGCUGUUCUUUUUCCUUCGCAGCACUGCUGAUGUUUGCAUUUUUAAACCUGUAUGAUUUUCUUCUGUGGAACAUAAAAAAAAAAAAAUUU